AUGACUACGAAUGAAGGGCAUCAGAAUAGUCAUUCUGACACUUUGAAUGGGGAUUUGGGACUAGAUCCAAAUGCAGUUGACUUUGAUUCCUUUUUGAGUGGGCAUUUUUCAGGGCUAUCGGGCUUACAAGGGAAUACAGACAAUCCGGCUAACUUUGUCGGUUCACUUCCGGCAAACCAAAGUGGCUUUAAUACUGAAUACGGUGCUAAGCCUCACAGCAAUCUCUCCAGCAGUUAUACGGUUGGACCUUCAAUGCGUGCCCAAUCAGCUAAUACAAUGCAAAGUGGUGUCAAAGCUUCACUUUCAAGAGCAAUGGCUUCAAAGAGUUCUAGAAGUGGCUCAACAGUGGAAAGAAGUGCAAUGCAUGGAAAUGCAAGAAGUCCUGCUUCUGUAUCUUCAUCUGUGAGAGGCAAAGGAAGGCCUAAGAGAAGAAGUUUGGCUGGAGCAUCUACCUCUGCAAGUGUACAGCCUGUUGAUAGGAAAAGAAGAGAUAACAUUAAUGAGAAGAUUCAGGAGUUGAUGCGGCUCAUACCAAGGGAUUUCUUUAACGAUUCAAAGGAGAAGUCAGGUACUAAGGAUGGAAAGCCAAACAAGGGUCAGAUACUUUCCAAAUCAGUCGAUUAUAUCACCUGGUUGCAGCAAAGAAUUGAUGAAAACAACAGGAAGGAGGUCGAGCUGAGUAUCAAACUUAGGAACCUUGAAAUUGCCAAUAACGUUCCAAUCAAUAGACGUAUGAAUUUACUGCACACAAGUGCUGAGAUUGGAUUAUCGAAAAUUGGUGUUGGUCCUUUGGCAGAGCAACAGUUAGAACGUCAACAGAAGGCAAUGGCAACAUCUGGUAAGAGUCCUAACUCUCCGGCAUCUCCCGGUAUCAGACGCUGA